GGAGGAGGAAACAAUCACAAGGUCAGAAUUGCAUAUAUUGAAUUUGCCAUUUUUGACUCAAUCACGGUGACCGGUCACUUUCUUCGUCGUUGGUGGAUCAAUCUAAGGAUGCAAGUUUGAGGGAACAUUUAUCUAGUUAUAGAUCAAAAGAUGGAAGGGUUCAAGGCCAGAUUUCGAUUAGCAGCGAUCGUUGUUCUUUCCAUUGGGAUCGCUCUCGUUGCUAUAUAUGAUUUAUUGAAGCCAAUUUCAAACGGUUGUGCCAUGACAUACAUGUACCCAACCUACAUUCCAAUAUCAGCAACAGAAAGUCUGUCUUCUUCAAAAUAUGGACUGUAUUUGUAUCAUGAAGGGUGGAAAAAAAUUGAUUUUAAUGAGCAUCUUAAACAACUUAGUGGGGUUCCUAUUCUUUUCAUCCCUGGCAAUGGAGGUAGCUACAAGCAGGUCAGGUCCUUAGCAGCAGAAUCUGAUAGGGCUUAUCAAGGUGGCCCACCUGAGCCUAUGUUGUACCAAGAAGCUUGCUUAAUGUUUGAGGACGGAGUAGAGAUGGAUGAAACUGAUAUUCCAAUAUCCAAUCAGUAUACUCGCAGGCUUGACUGGUUUGCGGUGGACCUUGAAGGCGAACAUUCUGCAAUGGAUGGUCAGAUACUUGAAGAACACACAGAAUAUGUAGUAUAUGCCAUUCACAGGAUCCUGGAUCAAUAUAAAGAAUCUCAAAAUGCUCGAGUAAAAGAAGGUGCCGUUGAAUCUGGUAGUCUGCCUAAUAGUGUCAUAUUGGUUGGCCACUCUAUGGGUGGUUUUGUUGCUAGAGCUGCAGUUGUGCACCCUAAUUUGAGAAAGUCAGCCAUUGAAACUGUUCUUACAUUAUCAACUCCGCAUCAGUCACCUCCUGUGGCACUGCAGCCAUCAUUGGGUCACUAUUAUGAGUACAUAAAUAAGGAAUGGAGAAAGGGUUAUGAGGUCCAAACCUCUAGAACAGGAGCUCACUCGUCCAAUCAUCAACUAUCUCAAGUGAUUGUUGUCUCCAUUUCUGGUGGUGGUAAUGAUUAUCAGGUGAGGUCAAAGUUAGAAUCAGUUGAUGGCAUCGUCCCAUCUACCCAUGGUUUUAUGAUUAGUAGCAUGGGGAUGAAGAAUGUAUGGCUAUCAAUGGAGCACCAGGUUAUCUUAUGGUGUAAUCAACUCGUUGUGCAAGUUUCACAUACUCUUCUUAGAUUGGUAGACCCUGAAACUGGUCAUCCGAUUUCUGGUGCCAGGAAAAGACUAGCAAUUCUUACAAAAAUGCUUCAUAGUGGAAUGCCAGGAAGUUUGUCAAGGCAAUCGCAUUUACUUCAGCAGUCACCACAUCUUCCUUUACAGAAAGAGAGAAAAUUUGCUGGAUCUCGGAAGAAAACAAUUACUGCAUGCCCUAGUAAACUUCAUUGGAGUGAUGAAGGACUUGAAAGGGAUCUUUAUAUCAAGACGCCAACAGUAACUAUUUUAGCAAUGGAUGGCAGAAGACGAUGGUUGGACAUAAAAGAACUGGGAUCAAAUGGAAGAAACACCUUUGUUCUCGUGACAAAUCUUCUUCCCUGUUAUGGGGUUAGACUUCAUCUUUGGCCUGAAAAAGGAACUUCCCCAUCAGAUUUGCCUCUUAGCAAAAGGGUUAUAGAAGUGACAUCAAAGAUUGCACAGAUUUCUUCGGGGCCAGCACCAAGGCAGAUUGAACCAGGAAGCCAGACAGAACAACCACCACCAUCAGCUGUAUUUUGGUUGGAUGCGAAGGAUAUGCAUGGUUUCAGAUUCCUGACAAUCUCAGUUGCACCGAGCCCGACUGUUUCAGGGAGACCUCCGCCAGCAGCUUCAAUGGCAGUUGGGCAGUUCUUCAACCCAGAGGAAGGGCGUAAAGAGUUUUCUCCUCUGUCUUUGCUCCUCUCUAUGUAUUCUCAGAAGGAUAUUUUCAUCAAGGAGGAUCAUCCUAUUGCAAUGAAUAUUACAUUCAGUAUCAGCUUGGGUCUUCUGCCUGCUACAGUGUCUCUGGAAACUACAGGAUGCGGGAUAAAGAAGUCUGGACUUCCUGUUGAAGAGGCUGGAGACAUGGAUAGUGGCAGACUUUGCAAGCUCCGAUGCUUUCCUCCUGUAGCCCUUGCAUGGGACGCUACAUCUGGUGUUCACAUAUUUCCUAAUCUGUAUUCUCAUACAAUUGAGGUGGAUUCUUCACCUGCACUUUGGAGCUCAGCUGAGGGAUCUGAGCAGACCAACGUUCUGUUACUGGUAGAUCCACAUUGUUCCUAUAAAACUAGUGCUGCUGUUUCUCUGACCGCUUCUGGCCGUAGAUUUAUGCUUUUAUACGCCUCCCAGAUUAUUGGUUUCGCCUUUGCUGUAGUCUUUUUUGCUCUAAUGCGGCAAGCAAAUGCAUGGGAGCUUGAUCUGCCUGUUCCUUCAUUGCUGUCUGCAGUAGAAUCAAAUCUGAGAAUGCCACUGCCAUUUCUUCUCUUGGCUAUUUCACCCCUUCUGAUUGCUUUGUUUUAUUCCUGUCUAAGUCCAAAGCCCUUACCUUCCGUCAUUGGCUUCUUUGUUGUCUCAAUAAUUUGCUACCUGUUAGCAAAUGGGAUCAUAAUCAUAUUGACACUGACUACCCAAAUUAUCUCCCAUGUGGUUGCCAGAGUACAUGUUUUUUUUAAAACAAGGUGGCGAUGGUGGAUACUUGAUCUCUCCACUAGUGUCUUGUCAUUCAAGGUGAUGAGGGUCAUAAAUGCCAAUCCAUCAUUGGCUAUGUCACUGCUUGCUAUUGCUUUGGUCUGCUUUGUCCAUCCAGCAUUAGGUCUCCUCAUUUUGCUGUUCUCUCAUGUGCUAUGCUGUCACAAUGCCUUGUGCAGCUUUUUUACAGCUUCCAGCAAGGCUCGAAGCGAAGAUUUAUUUGGGUUUGGAAAUGGUGUGAGGUCAUCCAAAUCCAACAAUGAUGAAAACGAGGAAGGUUUACCUGUGGAUGAGAACAGUUCCGGCACCCCAGACUCUGCACGAAGCUAUGGAGAGACACAGCUAGAGAUAUUCCACCACCGGCAUGGCUUGCUAAUCUUGCAUCUUCUUUCUCUGUUGAUGUUUCUUCCUUCACUCGUUGCUUGGUUAGAGAGGCUAAGUAUGGGCCACAACUUCCCAUGGUUGUUGGAUUCUGCGUUGUGCAUGGGUGUCGUUCUUCAUGGUAUUUGUGGCUCAAAACCCGAGUUUAACGUCUUCUUUCAGAUCCCAGGAAUGAGAGGGUAUGAAAUAAGACAAGGGUUAGUGUACCUCCUUGCCGGCUACUGUUGCUAUCUUUCAGGUUUAGAUUUGGCUCCUUACAAAGCCUUCUAUGCCAUGGCUGCCAUUGGAAUCGUUUCAUUUGUUUUUAGAAUCAUCGAAAGAAGAAACCAACCAUAUUAUAGCAAUAGAAAGCAUUCUCAUCGACACUGAACAAAUGGCGGUUUAUGCUACCAUCGAUCAUCCUGUUGUUCGUUGUACAAUUCAUAUGUAACGUGUUGAUGAUAGUGAGUUGGACUAUGGAUUUGAAUGUCUUCAGUCCCAGAAUUUUGAUGAUUUUGAUAUUCUUUGAUUUCUUUUCAGAAAAAUAGACUGUAAUUUGUUGUGCUUGUUUCAGUGAACUACUUUUGCCAA